GCCCAGCGUCGCUGCGCAUCCCUUCUCCCUCUCCCCCCGAUCCAUCCUCCCCGACUCUGAGGUUCCGGACUCCAUUCCUCCCUUCUCCUCUCUCUCCCCGCGGGGUUUGGGGGUGAUGGGGGAAGAGCAGCAUCUCCACAGCAGCAUCUCCACAGCGUGAUACCAAGCUUUGUUACAUUAACCAUUACAAAGCAUGGAAGAUCCUAUUUAUCCCAGCACUGUGGAUCCUAUUUAUCCCAGCAUAGUGCACAACUUCCUUCUUUGCCUCUGAACGUUUCUACUUCCCCAUGAGCUGCCGUGGACUGAGAGAAUCGAGGCAUGUUUUAAAGCAAAGCUUUUCUAUGCUGGCAUUGAUCUGAGCUGCCUUGGAGGAACAUCCCGCCUGCAUGGACAGGGCAACAUUUGCCUGUUCCACCGCCUUUUUUCAUGACUACAGCAGUUCGUCUCAGGGCACGUUCUCCACAGGACACGUUGACUUCAUUGAUAAAAUCGAAUCCUUCACUUAUUCGGACUUCUUUCGGGAUUAUUUGAUUCCCAACCAGCCCUGUGUUUUCUCAGAGAAGUUCACUGAUGGUUGGGGCAGCAGGAGGAAUUGGGUAACUUGGGGUGGGAAGCCUGAUUUCGAUCAUCUGCUGCAGGAGUUUGGAGAGGCUAUAGUACCUGUGGCCAACUGUGAUGUCAAGGAGUACAAUUCUAACCCAAAAGAGCAGCUCCCCUUCAAGGAGUACAUAAGUUACUGGAAAGAGUACAUUAAAAAUGGCUACCGUUCAUCUCGAGGGUGCCUUUAUCUAAAGGACUGGCACCUGAGCAGAGCUUUCCCAGAGCAAGAUGUUUAUACAACUCCUGUGUAUUUCUCAUCUGACUGGCUGAAUGAAUACUGGGAUGCUAUAGCUGUGGAUGAUUACCGGUUUGUCUACAUGGGACCUAAAGGUUCAUGGACUCCAUUCCAUGCCGACGUCUUCCGUUCCUAUAGCUGGUCAGCUAAUAUAUGUGGGAGAAAGAAAUGGCUGCUUUACCCCCCAGGGCAGGAGGAUUACCUGAAGGACUGUCAUGGCAACUUGCCCUUCGAUGUGACUGCACCUGGUCUUCAGGACAGGAGUGUUUACCCUCGCUACAACCAAAGCCAACCCCCUGUGGAAAUUGUGCAGGAAGCAGGGGAGAUAGUUUUCAUCCCCAGUGGAUGGCAUCAUCAAGUUUACAACCUGGAGGAUACCAUUUCUAUUAAUCACAACUGGGUGAAUGGCUGCAAUGUAGCUAUAAUGUGGUGCUUCCUGCAGGAUGAAUUAGCAGCUGUCCAGAGAGAAAUCAAUGAAUGGAAGGACCCUAUGGAUGAUUGGCACCUACAGUGUCAGUUGAUCAUGAAAUCUUGCACCGGUAUAGACUACAAGGAGUUCUACAAUUUCCUCAAAGUUAUUGCAGAGAACAGGAUUUCCAUCUUGGAAAACGGCCUCGAUGAUGAAGCUUCAGCAAAGAACACUCCAAAAGCUGCCAUCUCCACCUUGGGUAUGCUCCACGCAGUGUUCGAUUUAAAGAGGACUGUGAAGGUGUUAACAUCUUUGAGUGCUAAUGAAGAUUUCAAGAAACUGGACCUGACGUCGCUUUCUCCACCUCCGGAGGCAUUGCUCCACCACUUGAAAGCGGCAAUAGACACAGCACUCCUCUAACUUCCUACCUGUUCUCUUACUUGUAAAAUGAACCUUCUGUAAAUUGGGUGUUUGUAGAAGAAUGGCUCCUCCCUGUUUAACCAGCUGUUGCAAUUCAAGUAGAAAGAGCCUUCCUAUAGAGCAGGGAGAGAGUAUAUUCCUAUGAUGACUGAGUUGUUUUUAAACUGACAGCAUUUGAGUAUCUGGAAAAAAAAAAACUCUUAGGUUACAGGGGGAAAAAAAGCACUGUUCUCUGAUAAAUGAAGACCUGCUGAUGAGUAUGAAUUGAGGGAAAGAGGAACAGAAAUUCUCUGUGGAACAAGCUUACAUCUGCAGCUAAAUCACUGCAGAUCACAGAUAAAUUACUGUAAGAAAGACCUGUCCUGUUUCCAGGUGUAGCUUAGACUUUUUAUUGCUUUCCCUGAAGCCUAAGCUGUCUCAACAGCUGUAGCUUGGAUAUGGAAAAGAAUACUCCAUACUAGUUUCUUACACGGUGGCAUCUCUACAGCUAAAAGUCUCAGGUAUGCUUGGCUUUCAUAUUGCUCCAAGGCCUGCAGGACUAAAUUUAACAUACAAGGAAAAUGAAGUCCUGCUAGCAACUCUGUCAUUAAUAAUUUAACAGUGUGAACCACACAAGCUUAAAAGAGGCUUGAGUGUACUCUGUCAUUUCUACACACUAUUUCAGGGCACAGUGUUUUAUCAAGCAGAGACUUGAUGAAUCAGGGAAGCGAGCAUGUAACCUUGUACUAUCUCCUUAAAAAGCCAUGCUUUUAAACAACAAAUAGCACUACUGCAUGGUUACAGAGCACAAUUUGCUACCUGAAUGCUACCUUUGCGCUAAAGAGCACUUCUAGUGAAGUAUUCCUCUUGCUUUUACUGGUUAGCAAGAAAGCCUAGAAGCACAAAUGGCUGCACACUGUUACCUUACGUUGCCCCUUUAGGGCUCACUUGAAUUAUUGAUCAAGAACCUCCUGAAUUUUUAAAGAGAGUUGAUCAGUAAGAGCAACAAAUAAACUUAGUAGGAGUCUUCCAACAGGCUGAGAAAUCUCCUUGUUUUCUAGUGGAGUUUGUACAUGCAUGCAUUUUGCAUGUCCUGUUUUGUAGUAAGUAGAAGCUGAGCAUUUUGAGUAGGAAAUGGUACUUGAAAAUAAAAUCAAUAUCGAAAGCAUGGAAAAAAUGCAGUAUAGAGAAAA